AUGUCAACAUGGAUCGGUUACGCUGUGUCGGUAAAUUGCGGCGAACCAUUAGGCUGCUAUCAAGGCACAAUUUUAGAAGCAGAUGGAAACACUAUAACUCUUACAAAACCAUUUCGGAACGGUUUUCCAUACCCUAAAUCACAAGUUACAUUAAAUGCUGCUGAUAUCAAAGAUCUAAAAAUCUUAGAAGAGGCAAAAUCUGUACCUCUAGAAAAGUCACAUAGUAGUGUUCUCGUAACUAAAAAUAACAAGAAAGCAUCAAGAGCUACCGUGUGUGAAAACCUACAGGCCAAUUCUACAAAUACUGUUGCUCACCAGAACAGCAAUGUUUGCACAAAAGCAGUGUCGGGUCGUAGUGGUGCCACACCAGCUAGGAGCAAACCCAUAGACAUCCAGAAUGCAAGAAACAAGAAUAAUAAUAACCACACUGGCAGCUAUAAUAUGAGCUCGACGCCUAAAGGUGGUCGAGGUGGUGGGGGAGGUGGGAGUUCAGGAGGUGGUGGUGGAGGAAUGCCACAUCACGAACGCGCUCGCCGCCGAAACGAAGCAUGUUUUGGAGAUACUGCUGAUCCUGCAAUGGAUGAUGAUUUUGACUUUGAGGGAAACCUGGCAUUAUUUGACAAACAGGCGCUAUGGGAAGAGAUGCGAGGUGUGCGUCCUGACGUCGUGCGAGCCGCGGACGAAGCGGCCAUGCGGCACGACGAAAACGUUCUACCGGCGCCUCCAGCCCCACCCGCCCUUUCCCUACCGCCUGCCUUGCGCGCGCCACACACAUACACCACGGAUGAUGGCCGUCGUUUACCAGCUGGAACUUCACGAGCACGCCAGCUACUAUGGGAAGGAUUACGACGGUUGCGCGCCAUAGACCCCGCGUUAGUGCUGUUAGGUCGUGCUACUGCUGAUCUAGCACUGCGCCUAUGCGGUGGUGGUCGCCGGUUGGAAGCUCGGAACGCACAUCAAGCUCCUGUUGUUGUUGUAGCGGCGGGCAACCAUCUGGGUGGAGCUGCUGGAGUACUCACAGCACGUCUGCUUCUAUCCCACGGUGUGCGUGCGUACGUUACGUUAAGUGGAAUGUUGAAUCCGGGAACCGCGUGUGAAGCACUUCAGCGAGAGCUUGCAGCGUUUACUAUGAGCGGAGGAACAGCACAAUGUGAUCCCACGGAUUUGCCAGCCCCAGACGUUAUAGUUCUAGCUCUUUACGAUCCGUUACGGGACGAGGGGCGAGAGGGACAUGCAGAGGCACUGUCUUGGGCGCGUAGUGCCAGAUCAGGGGUCCUAGCGUUGGAACCACCUGCAGCUGGAUGGGGUGGUACUUGUGUGCGCGCCUCAAUAAUCGGUGGGUUGCCAACUGCCCUGGACAGUUCGUUAGGCCGCCUCUACCUUGCUAACAUUGCUCCUCCGCUUCGGUUAUUCCAGGAUAUGCACAUUGAGUUUAGGUCGCCGUUUGGCGCAGCAUCGCUACUGCCACUGAACUGA